ACAAGCCCAGGCCCCGCCCGGGACGGCAGCCGCACCAUGGACGUUCCUAACUCUUCCAGCUCCCGCUUCUCGGUCGGCUCGGCCAGCCCCGGCGCUGUGCUCGUCUACGCGAAAGAGCUCAAAAAGUGGGAUGAGUUUGAAGAUAUCUUAGAGGAGAGGAGGCAUGCCAGUGAUUUGAAAUUUGCCAUGAAGUGCUACACACCCACCUUGUAUAGGGGAGUCACCCCCUGCAAGCCAAGUGAUAUCAAGUCCAUUGUUCUCAAUUCUGAAGAGAUGCAUUAUGUCUUUAAGCAGCUCUCCAGGGAGUCCCUCACGUCUGCCGAUGCCCUCCGAGAGGAAGCCAGGGAGAUCCUGGAGGAAAUGAGCCACAGACUGCGCAUGGGAGCCAUCCGCUUCUUUGCCUUUGUCCUGAGCAAAAUCUUUAAACAGAUUUUCUCAAAGGUGUGUGUGAAUGAAGAAGGCAUUCAAAAGCUACAACGAGCUGUCCUGGAGCACCCUGUAGUCCUGCUGCCCAGUCAUCGGAGCUACAUUGACUUCCUCAUGCUGUCUUUUGUUCUGUACAACUAUGAUCUGCCUGUGCCAGUUAUUGCAGCGGGAAUGGAUUUCCUGGGAAUGAAAUUGGUCGGUGAGCUACUCAGAAUGUCUGGGGCCUUCUUCAUGCGGCGCACCUUUGGUGGAAAUAAGCUGUACUGGGCUGUGUUCUCCGAAUAUGUGAAGACCAUGCUGCGGAAUGGUUAUGCUCCUGUUGAAUUUUUCCUCGAAGGGACAAGGAGUCGCUCAGCCAAGACCUUGACUCCUAAAUUUGGUCUUCUGAAUAUUGUGAUGGAACCAUUUUUUAAAAGAGAAGUUUUUGAUACCUACUUUGUUCCCAUUAGCAUCAGUUAUGAUAAAAUAUUGGAAGAAACUCUGUAUGCCUAUGAGCUCCUAGGAAUUCCUAAGCCAAAGGAAUCCACCACUGGGUUGUUGAAAGCUAGACGGAUUCUCUCUGAGAACUUUGGAAACAUCCAUGUAUACUUUGGAGACCCUGUGUCCCUGCGCUCUCUAGCUGCAGGACGGCUCAAUCGGAACACGUAUAACUUGGUGCCAAGAUACAUCCCUCAGAAACAGUCCGAGGAUGUGUACGCCUUUGUCACUGAAGUCGCCUAUAGGUUACAGCUUCUGCAAAUUGAAAACCUGGUUCUGAACCCAUGGCUUCUGGUAGUUGCCAUUCUACUCCAAAACCAGUUAUCCAUGGACUUUGACACCCUGGUGGAGAAGACACUGUGGCUAAAGGGCUUGACCCAGGUGUUUGGAGGGUUCCUGAUUUGGCCUGAUAACCAGCUUCCUGAGGAAGUGGUCCAAUCCAGCAUCCUCCUGCACUCCAACCUCGCCAGCCUUGUCAAAGACCGGGUGGUUCUGAAAGUGGACUAUGAAGGCUCAGAAAUGGUCAAAGGAGUUGUGCGCCAUCACAUCAUGUUCCUCAUGUGCUCGGCCUACAAGAAUCAGCUGCUCAACGUUUUUGUUCGUCCUUCCUUAGUAGCUGUAGCCUUGCAGAUGACACCUGGGUUCAGGAAAGAGGAUGUCUUCAGUUGCUUUUCCUUCCUACGCAACGUGUUUUCAGAUGAGUUCAUCUUCCUUCCAGGAAACACACUCAGGGACUUUGAGGAAGGCUGUUACUUGCUGUGUAAAACUGAGGCUAUACAGAUGGCCGGGAAAGACAUCAUUAUCACAGACAAAGGGAAUGCUGUGUUAGAAUUUCUCAUAGGGCUCUUUAAACCUUUCGUGGACUCAUACCAGAUACUUUCCAAAUACCUCUUGCAUGAAGAAGAGGACUGCUUCACUGAGAGACAGUACUUGGUUGCAGCUAGGAAGUUCACCAGUCAGCUUCUGGAUCGAGGUGCCUCUCAGUGUUAUGAUGUGCUGUCUUCUGACCUGCAGAAAAAUGCCUUAGCAGCUUUUGUGAGACUCGGGGUGGUAGAAAAGAAGAAGGUAGAUAAUAGCAUCGUGUUUAGUGUGAACGAGUCUGCCACAAGCAAAUUAGAAGAAAUGCUUGUUUUUAAAGAACAGACUUUUAAAGGCCAAAAGGGAAAGAAAAGAAGGUGCAGCAACGUGUUCAGCAAGAAGACCCAGGAACACAAAGUAGACGGUGCUUUCCAGCAUGGUCAGUUGCCCAGGCCUCAUCUGGACCAGCAUGCAGUCCUUCAUGUGCGGCUGUGUGUGUGGGGUGACUCUGUUCUGCCUCUGACUUUCAUUUUUUCCUUUUUUAAUAAAAGAUUUUAUUUUAUCUGUGUGGAUAUUUUUACCUGCAUGUGUGUAUAUGCACCACAUGUGUGCAGUAUCCGCAGAGGCCAGAAGAGGGCAUUGGAUCCUUCGAACCAGGGAGCUGUUAAAAUUCUAUAAGUGCAACAAGUGUCCUUAACCACUGAGCCGCCUCUCCAGCUCUCUCCUUGUUUGUUUGUUUUUGAGCCAGGGUCUCUUAAUGUAGCCCUGCCUGGCCUCAAACUCACUAUGUAGACUAGGCCAGCCUCAGGCUCACAGAGAUCUGCCUGCCUCUGCUCUGCCCCCUUCUCCUAGUGCUGGGACUAAAGGUGUAUGCUAUCAUACCUGACCUUGUUUUUGUUUUCUGAGGAAGGUCUUAUAUUGGAUAUCCGGUUGAUCUAGCCCUCACUAUACUCACUCUAGCCCAAAGUGGCUUCAAACUCACAGCAAUCUUGUCUCAGUUUUACACAUCUGCAGUGAUGUUUACUGUCCCUCUGAAGUCUGGGAUACUCUGGGUGAGGAUGUGUGGUGGAUUCUUUAAUCACACACUGUUUAGUACAGAGUGGAGCUAAGAGCCCUCUGGAUGCUGUAGGCUGAGAAAGA